AUGGAAUAACUCUUAAAUGCUUUGUUAGCCCAAUCAUCAAAAAAGCAGAUGCAAGUUGUAUUUAUCAAUAAAAACAACAUGAAUAGAAAUUAUUCACUUUUCUAAAUACAUUUAAGUUAAUUACAAAAAUGUCAAGUAUUCAAUAUUUAAUAUUGUUAAUAGUAACCUGCAGAAAGGUUAGGAGAAUAGUUGGCACUCAAAUAAUAAUGUACUAAAAGAUAAAAUAAAAGUCCUUCAAUUAGAAAAUAAAAUACUAAUAAAGAUCCUUAGAAUAAGCAAAUGCUGUCCAUGCCUUAAUAACUACAUCAAAAAUUUAUACAAAAAAAAGAAAAAGAAUUAGUCUAAUUUCUUACUAUAUGUUUAACAAUUCUGUCACUUAUUGUGAUGCUUGUUGAAUACCAUUAACAAGAAAAUUAUAGAAGAUUUUAUGAUAAUUGA